GUAAUUUUAGAUGAACCCCGGUUCUUGAGCGCAAGUUGUGCACCAAGGAAUCGAAUAACUCACCGGAACGUUGCCUUGGCACUAGAUUUUCAGUCGGACAACUGAGAACAACGUACCACCAUGGGGACCCGUGUUGUUGUACUGCAGGUUCUUCGACAAAAACUAAACUAUGUUCCCAAUUCCACUUCCAUCCCAGUCCAGUUUAAGACGUGUAAAGCAUCUAAUCUCCCUUCGAGCCUCAGCUGCAGACUGCUUUGCUCCGUUUCAAAUCUGACCCCUUCUCUAUUACAACACAACAAGAGAAACUCUGCUGAGCUGUCUCUGAGGUCUUUGCUCGACAUGGGAUUCACAGAGUACCAGGCAGAACAAUUGUAUGACAGUGUGUCCAGGAUGAAAGGAGGGAAUGCUGCCAAACACGUCUUAUCAACGCUGUCAGUGCUGUUUGUCCUGGGGCUUAACCCCACCACUGUGCAUAAACUGCUGGACAAAUGUCCAGAGCUCUACACGGUUAAAGACGUUCAGCUUCAGCAGCGGAUAACCCAGCUACGGCAUCUGGGUUUGGUUGAAGGGAGUCUUCAGAGAACCGUGUCCCACUACCCAAAGAUCCUAACCGUGCCGAUGAAGUCUGUCAAAUCUGUGGUGCAGUUCCUCAGAGAGAAGUGUCUGUUUACCACCCAGCAAGUGGCAGAAAUCCUCAGAGAUAGUCCUGCAGUGGUGUUGGAGGACCUGGACCAGCUAGAGUACAAGUUUCAGUACGUUUACUUCAGAAUGGGUGUCAAACAGGCCGAGAUGGUGAAGUGCAGGCUGUUUCGUUUCAGUCUAGACAACGUGCGCUGUCGGCACACUUUCCUGGAGCGGCGAGGCUUGUAUCAAACCCCAGACAAGAAAGGACAGACUACUAUAAUUAACCCCAAACUGGACGGAAUCCUUAAUGUGGACGAGGGGACGUUCACCGCAGAUGUUGCCCAGGCAUCACCUGAGGAGUAUGAUGUGUUUCAGAAACUCUUGGCAAGAGAGUGGAAGGAGGAAGAGUUCGAGCAUGGCAGCAUUGAAUCUUAUAGUGAGGAUGAUGAGAAGGAGGAGGAGGAAGAGGAGGAUAAUGAAGAGGAGGAGGAAACCAGAGGAAAAAGUGGAUACAAUAAGAAGAAGAAAAAAUAAUGAAUAAAAGGGAAGCGUGAGAAGAAAGCAUAUCACAAAGAAUAAAUGGCAGUAAUCACUAAAUUUAUGCAUCUAAUUUAAUAAAUGAAAUCCUUUUAUUUUUA